UGGAGUAAAAGGAAAGCAGUGAGCCAUUUGUGUGCUUUGUUUUGGUACAGUCUCUAGGCUCCCCAAGAGACACAGAACAGAGAAAUAGAGAGAGAGAGAGAGAGAGAGAUAAAGAAACUACCCAGAGACACUCAGAGUUAGAGAGAGAGAGAGAGUCAAAAGAGCGUGCUAUUUAGUUGGGAAGCAAAAAUCCAUGGAAUUUUGACUGGCGCCGGGAAACCAAUUACUUACCCGGCGGGCUCCUUUGCUAGCCGUUAGUUCGCCUGAAUACCACUCUUUUUUUUUUUUGGCUUUGUCGUUCUGGUUUCCGAAGCUUUGAACCGCCAUGGAUGAAACCGGUAUUGUCCGGUUUCCUGGAAGCCUAGACCCCAGAGCCGAAGAGUUCAGGCCGAGAAACCCUAGCGGUUCAAACCAGUUGACCCUCUACACCACCACUCCACCACCAGCGCCACCGCCACCUCCACCACCUCAGGUUUACUAUCCGUACGGUUCGCCGUAUCCACCAAUAAGCGAAGUGCAAGUGUUGCCGUUCUGCGAUGGCGGUGGCGUAGGGGGGUACCCGGGUUUUUCAUCACCCACGGCGUACGUUAGUCUGAGUCCCGCGGCUGUGGCUUCGGUACGCCCGGCUGUACCUCCUCCACCGGCAUCGGCGGUAGCGACUCGGGCGCUGCUGCUGAGUUCGGUGCCGAGGGAGUUGAGCGAGACGAUGAUUAGGAAGGAAUUGGAAUGUUUUGGGGAGGUGAGAGGGGUUCAGAUGGAGAAAGUGUGCGAUGGAAUGGCGACCGUCCAUUUCUACGACCUGAGGCAUGCAGAGAUUGCGUUGAGGGAGAUUCGAGACCAGCACAUGCAGCAGCAGACCAGGCUUCGCAACCACUACGCUGCUUUGUUUAUGCACAAUUCCCCCUCCGACGACCACAAUUUCACUGCUGUCUCAUUGCCAAUGCCUCCACCGGCGCGUGGCCUUAUAGCCGGUUGCGCCGUGUGGGCUCAGUUUGUUAUUCCGGCUAGUAACGCCGUUCCCGAUGGUCAUAACCAGGGUACCAUCGUCAUUUUCAAUCUGGACUCCGAAGUAACCGCCUCUUCUCUUAAAGAUAUCUUCCAGGCUUUUGGUCCAGUAAAGGAACUAAGAGAAACACCAUCUAAGAAGCACCAGAAGUUCGUGGAGUUUUACGAUGUAAGAGACGCAGCUAAAGCACUGAAAGAGAUGAACGGAAAAGAAAUUCACGGCAAACCCAUCGUGAUCGAAUUUAGUCGCCCGGGAGGGCAUAGCAGGAAGUUCAUGAAUGCAAUGGCAGCCCAUAAUAAUAAUAAUCUUUCAAUCUCAGCAGCAGCAGCAACCAUUUCCUCCAUUAAUUCCAUCAACAAUUUUUACCCAAGAAUUCAAAAGUACCACCCUGCGGCCCCUCCACCUUAUUUGCCUCGAAAAUUCUCCGGUCGAUCCGCUCUGACCGGUGUCGACCAUACACCACCCCCUUCUUUUGCCUCUUCUCAGCCACAAUUCUUCUCCAAGAAAUCGAAUUUUGGGAAAGGAAUCGUUAAUGGGAAUGUGAACAAGAAUACUACCAGCUCCAAUAAUGUUGCAAGUUCUCUUGGUGGUGUGGAAUAUAAAAUGAAUGCUUUGAAUUUGGGUGGUGGUGGUGCAGUUUGCGAUGGGAUUGAAGAUAAAGGAGAUUCAAAUGGGCAUAAUAAUAACAAUAAUAAUCCCAAAAGGUUGACAAAAAGAAGCCACAGCAAUCAGCCAACAACUGUAACAGUUCUAAAGCAGCAGCAACAACAACAGCAACAUCAACAACCUAGGACUAGGCCGAGAAAGGGCAGACAAGCAAAGAAGUUUGAUUCCCGUUUCCUAAUAAACGAAGAUGCCUUGACGGAAUCGAAUUGCAGAGAUUCCAGAACCACUGUCAUGAUCAAAAACAUCCCUAACAAGUACAGUCAGAAGCUGCUACUGAACAUGCUGGACAAUCACUGUAUUCACUGCAACGAACAGAUUGCCGAUGAAGGCCAUGACCAGCCUUUGUCUUGCUAUGAUUUUGUUUACCUUCCCAUUGAUUUCAACAACAAGUGCAAUGUGGGGUAUGGGUUUGUGAACAUGACGACUCCUCAGGCGACAUGGAGGCUCUACAAGGCGUUCCAUCAUCAGCAUUGGGAAGUUUUCAACUCUAGGAAAAUCUGCGAAGUCACAUACGCUAGAGUUCAAGGUUUGGAGGCGUUGAAAGAGCAUUUCAAGAACUCGAAGUUCCCAUGCGAGAUGGACCACUACUUGCCAGUGGUGUUUUCACCACCUCGAGACGGAAGGCAACAGACGGAGCCGCUUCCCAUCGUCGGCCACCAAAACAAGCACCACCUCGUAAUCCCCAUUGGCGCCGAUGAUGAUCAGCAUCAUGAUGGUGAUGGCGGUGAGAUGGACGGUCAUGAUAGUGUAGAAGAAGACGGCGAUGACGAUGACGAAGAAGAAGAAGAUGAUGAUGGACAUGAUGUGGGCGAUGAGUCAGAAGAAUCGUCGGAAAGUGAGCAAGGGCAGCUGCUAUUACUGAUGGGUGACAGUGGCACCGGCUGUAGCAGCAGCAGUCUAAACGGCGGCGUUGGUGUUGAUUGCUGCUGCGACCUUGAAGAAGACAGCUAAGGUAGCUGGCUGCUGGAAAAUUGAAGGGGAGAUAAUGAUGAUGGUGAUGAACCCGACACCCUGAAACCAAACCAAACCCAACCAACCAGAAUAUUAGGACAUCAAAUCUCAUUUGAUCUAUUUCUCUUAUCAAAAUUCUCUCUCUGCCUGCUAAACCUGCAAACUACACCCAACCCAAUGGUGUUAUCGUUGAGCUCCGAGCCUUCUUUAGCUCCCUCUCUCUCUCUCUCUCUAUAUAUAUAUAUAUAUGUAUAAUUAUAUAUGUUUUAACCAAAAUCCCCAUUCUCCCAAUGGCCUAAGGCUCUCUAUCUCUCUCUUCUGUGUCCUCCUAUCUCAGCUUACCUGACCUGACCACCGGCCAUCACUUGCCCACUUAACCCUCUCUUUCUCUCUCUUUUGCUGUUGUUUAUUAUUAAAUUUCAUUGUUAUUUUUCUCAACCAAAAAAAAAAAAAAAAAAAAAAAAAAACAGAAACCCAAAAAAAAAAAAAUCCAUUGUUCCUGAUAUGUUUGUUGUAUUUUAGGAAGAAAAAAAAAAAUGUUUGUAGUGUAUAUUUUCCUUUUUCUUUUUAUCUUUGCAUGUUAAUUUUUUAUAUAUUAUAAGUUUGAGUUUAAUUAUUACUAUUACUAUUACUAUUACUAUUGA